AUGGCUGAAAGAUGUGAAUAUAGUGAAUUGCUUGACGAUGCUAUCAAAAAUAAUCAAAUUAUUCAGUAUGAUUAUAAUACAUUUAAUGAAAUAACACAUAUUGGGCGAGGGUCAUCCGGAUUUGUUUUUAGUGCAAAAUCCCCUGAAUUUGAAACCCGAGUGGCCUUAAAAUCCAUUAAAAUCGAUCCUUCUUAUACGAUAGAAUUACUAAUUAACGAGCUCAAACAACAUAUUCAUAUUGGUUCACAUAAUAAUAUUUUAGAAUUCUACGGAAUAUCUAAAAAUGAACCAAACGAAUUUAUACUUGUUCUUGAAUAUGCGGCUAAUGGUACUCUUAAAACGUAUUUAUGCGUAAACUUUUAUGUAUUAAACUGGAAUGAUAAACUUCACAUUGCAAAACAAUUAGCUGAAGGCAUAAAGUUUUUGCACUCGCAUGAUAUAAUUCAUAGAGAUUUGCAUUCCGAAAAUGUACUUAUUCAUAAUAAAAUUGUAAAGCUCUGUGAUUUUGGAAAUUCAAAAUUUACUGCGGAUCCAUCAAUUCAAUUAACAAAGGCAAUUGGAGCACUACGUUAUUCGGAUCCUAAAUUUCUUGACAUCCCAAAUUAUAGUCGAACUAAGAAAUCAGAUAUUUACAGCUUAGGCGUACUCUUAUGGCAGAUAUCGAGUGGUAGAGAGCCAUUUGAAUCUAAACCCUUACUCAGCUUAAUUUCAGGUAUUAUCUCAGGAUUAAGAGAAAAACCAGUUUAUGGAACACCAAAAGAUUACGUAGUCAUUUAUGAAGAAUGUUGGACUUCGAUACCUGAUCAACGACCAACUAUUGAAGAGACUGUAUCUAAUCUUGAAAAUAUUAAUGUAGAUAAUGUGAUAUCAGUCGAUGAAAUCGAACUUGAAGAUAAUAGAGAUAAUAACGAACCAGCUACAAUUAGCAUUAUUCAAAAAUUAAUCAGUAAAGUUAAUGAUGGUUCUGAGGCUUAUCACAAUUUAAAUGAUGCUUUAAGCUCUGUAUCGAAAGCGCCAAGUGCUGAACCUUCAAAUUCAACAUCAAAGGUUAAAGCGUUAAAUUCUAUUAUAAAGAUUGAUCCAAAAAUAUUCGAAUAUAUAGAUAACAAUAUCGAUGAUUCAAAUAAGCAAUUUUUACGACAAUUAAUGCAGCUUUUUGUAAAUUAUAGCAAUAUUUCUGAAGAACCUAAAUUUCUUAUUAUUCAAAUUACAAAUUUAAUCAAAAAUUAUAAUGAAAAUUCAGAUAAAGUAUUUAAAAUAUUGUUAAAAUAUCAAGGACAACCAGCAUUUGCAUAUUCAAUUGGCUUUUUCUAUGAGCAUGGAAUUGGUGUUAAAAUAAAUCAACGAAAAGCUCAGAAAAUGUAUAAACAAGCUAAAGAAUAUGAAAAUAAUAUUCAAAAUCAGUCAAAUAAAUUAAAGCCAAUAUAUAGGAUUACAAAGUCCAUGGAGAC